GGGUGCUGGCGCUGGCGGGAAAAUCGAUCGAUACAGCGAUACUUGUUUUAGUUAGUUGUUGCGGCAGGUGGACGUGCAGUCGUGUGUCAAUAAUACAUUUACGAAAAUAAUGUUAAGAUAAUAUCAAGUGAAUAAAUUUUAUUACAAAAGGAAAUAUGGCUGCAUAUUUGUUCGUGUGCCUCGCUUUCAUAAUAUGUACAUCAGCGGAGUUUGUGUGGAGACACCAUAAUAAUGAGCAACUACCCAUGGUGCUUGAAGAAGUUCAUGCAAAAUGUCCCAAUAUAACGAGAGUUUAUGCUUUGUCUGAACCAUCAGUUUGUGGUGUUCCUUUGUAUGUGAUAGAAUUCGCUGACACUCCUGGAUUCCAUCAACCAUAUAAACCUGAGGUGAAAUAUGUUGGUAAUAUCCAUGGAAACGAGGUAUUGGGUCGUGAACUGCUUUUAGGACUCGCUCAUUACCUCUGCGAUCAGUACAAUAGCCACGAUCGCCGAAUCCGUGCUCUUAUACAUUCCACACGGAUCCACUUGUUACCAUCCAUGAAUCCAGAUGGCUGGCAAUUAUCCACCGCUACUGGAACAUUAGAUUACCUCAUUGGCCGCACCAAUAAUCAUUCAGUGGAUUUAAAUAGAAACUUCCCAGAUCUGGAUGCCAUUACAUUUGAGUUUGAACGCCAAGGCAUCAAUCAUAAUAACCAUCUGUUGAAGGACUUGACCCGCCUUGCUGCACCGUUGGAACCGGAAACUCGGGCUGUUAUGCGCUGGAUCAUGUCCAUACCGUUUGUAUUGAGCGCUGCAAUGCAUGGAGGUGACCUUGUAGCCAACUAUCCCUAUGAUGAGAGCCGGAGUGGAGCUCCUGUUUCUGAAUAUUCGCCUAGCCCUGAUGAUGAUACAUUUAGGGAGUUAGCUAUAACAUAUGCGUCGGCCCACGCGGAUAUGGCUUCAGCUACACGUCGCGGCUGUCACACGACCAGCUCUGAUGAUUCCGCUACUUACAACUUCGGGAAACAAGGAGGUGUCACUAAUGGAGCUGCUUGGUACAGUCUGAAAGGAGGUAUGCAAGAUUUCAACUAUCUCGCUACAAACGCGUUUGAAAUCACCCUGGAACUUGGCUGCGACAAAUAUCCCCCUGCGAGUGCUCUGGCCAAGGAGUGGGAGAGGAACCGUGAAGCUUUGCUGGCGUACUUGUGGAAGGCACACGCUGGUAUUAAAGGAAUAGUGUCUGACGACUCUGGAUUCAUACAGAACGCCAUCAUAUCUGUAGUCAACAUCACUGGACCAAUCCCAAGACCUAUCCGCCAUGACGUCACCACAGGUGCCUACGGCGACUACUACCGCCUGCUGACUCCUGGCCACUACGAGGUGACGGCGAGUCACCCCGGCUACUUCCCCGUGUCGCGCGUCGCCACCGUGCCGCGCCACCAGAGCACCGCACAUAUCCUCAACUUUAAACUGGAGCCCACCACAAGCUGGUUCGAUGACGAUACCACUUUCGGCAUGUACCCACAUGGACUGCGCGAUGGCCAGCCCAGGAUAUACAAACGAUCUCUGUACGAACAAGUGGCCAAAUCCAUUCUGGAGAAGAAAGAACCAGAGAAACAAUAAUUAUCCCACCGCAAUAUAAAACAUGGCGAAAGGCAAUUAUGUAAAAAUAUUUAUAUCUAUGUAUGUAUAUAGCUUGUUUAGAUUGAAAGGGUAGAAACACAGAUAUAGGAAAUGUUUAAAGUACUUUUUGUUAUACGCUCGAUAAUGUUUGUGCCUAGCAUAAUUUUAAACUACUCUUCAGUGAAUAUGUAAUUUCGUGCCAUAGACAGCUGGAUCUGAUUCUGUUGGGGUGCUCCCUGUGAAACUUAAAUUAAGAAGGAACUUUUGAAAAGACGAAAUAAGAUUUUCACUAUUUCAGAGAUUUACGUCACACAAUGCAAUAAAAAGUGGCAAACAAUGCAAUAAGACGAUGCAGAAUUGGCAUUUUAUGUGAAUUAAAUCUAUCUUCAUGCACAUUCCAAAGCAUGCUGGUUGCAGGUACCCUUACAAAUAAUUAAUUUUAGUAAAAAUAAUAAUUUCAUGUGUAUUAGGACUUAGGACUACUACCAAUGGAUGUUUAGUUACUGUGAGUGAUUUUUAUUAUAACAUAAGAGUAAAUAACAUAAUCAAUUAUUUGUGUACCUAUAUUUUUUGUUUUUGAAUUUAUAUCUAGCGUCUUAUUCUGUCUAAGAUGGUACAGUUUGUUAGUUACCAAUAAAACUUAUAUUUUUAGAUCUGUGUAAACUUAAUGUUUCGUAGUUAUUGUUGUGCACAUGACCAGGAACUUUCUAGUCCAAUUUUAUAGUCCUUUUCAAGUGUACGUAACUUAAGAACGUUUUUUGAAAAUAUAAAAAUUACCAAAUUGUGAAAUAAUUACUAUGACGUUUAUAUGUUUGAUAGUUUCCAUUGUUUCUAUAGUUUAUAUUGACAAAUUUUGACAAUUUGUAUAAAUUAUGUACAUCUUCAUGUUCUAUAGUUGAUAUUUUAAUAUUAUAUGAUAUAAAAAAUAUGCAUAAUCUUUAAAUGAAAUCACGAGAGUAUAUUAGACACAACAAUAAAGUAUGAUCAGUGUGCAAUGUC